AUGACUAAAUUGACAUCUUCAUCAAUAACAAAUCAAUCAAGGAUGAAGAGUUGGAUCAGUCUUCCUGUCAUUGUUCUAUUCUUUGUUGUAUUCUUUUUCAUCUCUUCUUUAAGGAUUAAAAUAAUCUAUACUACAACUACUAUUACUACAACAACAUCAACAACACCAUCAGCAGGAGAUGAACAAGUCUUGUUGGAAAACAAAGAGGCUGAGCCGCUUGUUAAACAUGUUACAAAACCUUAUCCCAAGCCAAAUUCUUAUCCAUUCACGAUUGUUACAGCAUCAAGUGCAAAUCAUCUCUGUUCAUUAGAAAACUUUUUAUAUUCUUUAUAUGAUUUACGUUCACAAUUCAAGCCAAAUGAAUUUCCUCGUAUUGUUGUUUACAAUAUCGGAAUGAACAGAACUCAACUACCUAUCCUUGAUCAAUUUGUCGAAACUGGUCUUGUGGAUGAUCUCGUCACGUUUGAUUAUUUCAAAUACCCACGCUUUUGGGAUGUCGCUAUCAACGCUGGUGAAUAUGCCUGGAAGACUGGUAUUGUGCAUGAAGCAAGCGAGAGAUAUGCUGAGAAUGGUAUCCUUGUGUGGCUGGAUGCUGGCAAUAUUGUCACACCUGAAUUCAUUAAAUCAAUUCCGACAGUCAUUCGCAAAGGCGGGGGGUUCUGGUCACCCAGAUCAUCCAAGGCCAUGAAGGACUGGACUCAUCCUGGUAUGUAUGAAUACUUCAACGCAGACCCGAAAGCCUAUGCACGUAAUGGAAACUGUAAUGGUGCUGCUAUUGGUUUUGAUGUGUCUAAUAAGAAUGUCAUGAAGCAGCUGAUUGAGCCCUGGUAUCAAUGUGGACUAGAUAAGAACUGUAUUGCUCCACCUGGUUCUUCAAGAGAAAAUCAUAGACAGGAUCAAGCUGCUCUUACAUUUUUAGCCUACAGGGCUGGUUUUAGCUGUACGAAAUCACCUAAUUAUUACAAGUUACAGACUCAUAGAGAUCACUCUUGUCGAUCCGAGUUAAUGGCAUUGGAUCUUCAGGAGAAACUGAAUCAUCCUAGUUCUAUUGAUUACCCCAAGUGGUAUGGAAGCAAUACUCUACAAUUAUAUCAUCAUCCUGAAUGGAGAUAUCCAGAAGACAAAGUACCCGAGCAACUAAAAAGGAUCUUGAACCCACCAUCAGCGGACCAAUUAGUUGCUUAG